CGCCUUCAACUUUCACGGCCCUUUCCAGGAACCCGGCACCUUCCACCCACUCCCGAAUACACACGUCCACGCACUCACAGUUUCCUGCCGGGAUCCCAAACCAGCACAUCUUUCCCUCUUCCUCGGAGAAAACCAGGUAGGAGGCGAGCGAAAGGUGGGGCGCAAACGGGCCCCGGCUGCUUCCACACACAUGCACGCUCCGUUCAGCUCUCCUUUCCAUCCCGGCGAGGGCGCGCCUUCAGAGUGUCCUGUCCUCCGAGGAGGAAGGCAUGGGCAACCGAGACCUGGGAAGAGGAUCCACCGGGAAGCGCACGGGCUGGACAGCGGGAAGGAAGGAGUUAAAGAUCCAGGAUUGGCUCUUCUGUCACUGAGUCUGGGAGGGGAAGCGGCUGGGAGGGAGGGUUCGGAGCUUGGCUCGGGUCCUCCACGGUUCCCUCCGGACAGCCGGAGACUUGGGCCGGCCGGACGCCGCUUCUGGCACACUCCCCGAGGCAGGCGCGCACACACGCUCCUCUUUCCUCCCUCGCGCGACUUCUCCCAUCCUUUUCCACGGAGUGCUUGCUCGCACCUUUUCUCUCUCUCUCUCUUUCCUCUCUCUGUCUCUCUAACACGCACGCACAAGCCCAGUUGUUCACACUCGGGUCCUCUGGCCCUACGUUCUCCUGGCACCCACCUGCACCGCGGCGCCCUGCGCGCCCCCCUCCAUCUCUCCCCUCGCGCUCUUGUCCCAGACCGUCGUAGCUACAGGGGGCCUCCUACCCCGGGGUGAGCGCCACUGUCCCGCUCCUGUUCCUUCCCACAGGGACGCGCCUGAUGCCUGGGACCAGCCGCUGAGCCGGAGGGAACCGAGGAGGCCAUGGUGGGAGCGCUCGCCCGCUGCGGUGCCCGCUGAGGCCAUGCCCGGGCCCCGGCGCCCCGCCGGCUCCCGCCUGCGCCUGCUCCUGCUCCUGCCGCCGCUGCUGCUGCUACUCCGGGGCAGCCGCGCGGGCAACCUGACGGUAGCCGUGGUACUGCCUCUGGCCAACACCUCGUACCCGUGGUCGUGGGCGCGCGUGGGACCCGCCGUGGAGCUGGCCCUGGCCCGGGUGAAGGCGCGCCCCGACUUGCUGCCAGGCUGGACGGUCCGCACGGUGCUGGGCAGCAGCGAGAACGCGCUGGGCGUCUGCUCUGACACCGCCGCGCCCCUGGCCGCGGUGGACCUCAAGUGGGAGCACAACCCCGCGGUGUUCCUGGGUCCCGGCUGCGUGUACGCCGCCGCCCCGGUGGGGCGCUUCACCGCGCACUGGCGGGUGCCGCUGCUGACCGCCGGCGCCCCGGCGCUGGGCUUCGGUGUCAAGGACGAGUACGCGCUGACCACCCGCGCUGGGCCCAGCUACGCAAAGCUGGGCGACUUCGUGGCGGCGCUGCACCGACGGCUGGGCUGGGAGCGCCAGGCGCUCAUGCUCUACGCCUACCGACCGGGUGACGACGAGCACUGCUUCUUCCUCGUGGAGGGGCUGUUUAUGCGUAUCCGCGACCGCCUCAAUAUCACGGUGGACCACCUGGAGUUCGCCGAGAACGACCUCAGCCACUACACCAGGCUGCUGCGGACCGUGCCGCGCAAAGGCCGAGUUAUCUACAUCUGCAGCUCCCCUGACGCCUUCAGAGCCCUGAUGCUCCUGGCCCUGGAAGCUGGCUUGAGUGGAGAGGACUACGUUUUCUUCCACCUGGAUAUCUUUGGGCAAAGCCUGCAAGGUGGACAGGGCCCUGCUCCCCGCAGGCCCUGGGAGAGAGGGGAUGGGCAGGAUAUCAGUGCCCGCCAGGCCUUUCAGGCUGUCAAAAUCAUUACAUAUAAAGAGCCAGAUAAUCCCGAGUACUUGGAAUUCCUGAAGCAGCUAAAACACCUGGCCCGCGAGAAGUUCAACUUCACCAUGGAGGAUGGCCUGGUGAACACCAUCCCAGCGUCCUUCCAUGAUGGGCUGCUGCUCUAUAUCCAGGCAGUGACGGAGACUCUGGCACAUGGGGGAACUGUCACUGAUGGGGGGAACAUCACUCAGCGGAUGUGGAACCGAACCUUUCAAGGUGUGACAGGACACCUGAAAAUUGAUAGCAGUGGUGAUCGGGAGACAGACUUCUCCCUCUGGGAUAUGGAUCCCGAGACUGGUGCCUUCAGGGUUGUACUGAACUACAAUGGGACUUCCAAAGAGCUGGUGGCUGUGUCGGGGCGCAAACUGAACUGGCCCCUGGGGUACCCUCCUCCCGACAUCCCCAAAUGUGGCUUUGACAACGAAGACCCAGCAUGCAACCAAGAUCACCUUUCCACCCUGGAGGUGCUGGCUUUGGUGGGCAGCCUCUCCUUGCUCGGCAUUCUGAUUGUCUCCUUCUUCAUAUACAGGUCAGAGCACAAGCAAUCAGGAUGCAGACUGGCUCCACCGGGUGACGGUUCCUCCCACUCUCCCUCCUUUCAGAGAGGCUCCAAUUACGGCUCCCUGCUAACCACAGAGGGGCAGUUCCAAGUCUUUGCCAAGACAGCAUAUUAUAAGGGCAACCUCGUGGCUGUGAAACGUGUGAACCGUAAACGCAUUGAGCUGACACGAAAAGUCCUGUUUGAGCUGAAGCAUAUGCGGGAUGUGCAGAAUGAACACCUGACCAGGUUUGUGGGAGCCUGCACCGACCCCCCCAACAUCUGCAUCCUCACAGAGUACUGUCCCCGUGGGAGCCUGCAGGUGAGGGGGACAUGGGGCAUCAAGAAACCUGGUUCACAAAAGUUGUGGACAGCCCCUGAGCUCCUGCGAAUGGCUUCACCCCCUGUGCGCGGCUCCCAGGCUGGUGACGUAUACAGCUUUGGGAUCAUCCUUCAGGAGAUUGCCCUGAGGAGUGGGGUCUUCCAUGUGGAAGGUUUGGACCUCAGCCCCAAAGAGAUCAUCGAGCGGGUGACUCGGGGUGAGCAGCCCCCCUUCCGGCCUUCCCUGGCCCUGCAGAGUCACCUGGAGGAGCUGGGGCUGCUGAUGCAGCGGUGCUGGGCAGAGGACCCGCAGGAGAGGCCGCCAUUCCAGCAGAUCCGCCUGACGCUGCGCAAGUUUAACAGGGAGAACAGCAGCAACAUCCUGGACAACCUGCUGUCCCGCAUGGAGCAGUACGCGAACAACCUGGAGGAGCUGGUGGAGGAGCGGACCCAGGCGUACCUGGAGGAGAAGCGCAAGGCCGAGGCCCUGCUCUACCAGAUCCUGCCUCACUCAGUGGCUGAGCAGCUGAAGCGUGGGGAGACAGUGCAGGCCGAAGCCUUUGACAGCGUUACCAUCUACUUCAGUGACAUUGUGGGUUUCACAGCGCUGUCAGCAGAGAGCACACCCAUGCAGGUGGUGACCCUGCUCAAUGACCUGUACACUUGCUUUGAUGCUGUCAUAGACAACUUUGAUGUGUACAAGGUGGAGACAAUUGGCGACGCCUACAUGGUGGUGUCAGGGCUGCCUGUGCGGAAUGGGCGGCUCCACGCCUGCGAGGUGGCCCGCAUGGCCCUGGCGCUGCUGGAUGCUGUGCGCUCCUUCCGAAUCCGCCACCGGCCCCAGGAGCAGCUGCGCUUGCGCAUUGGCAUCCACACAGGACCCGUGUGUGCCGGAGUGGUGGGACUGAAGAUGCCUCGUUACUGUCUCUUUGGGGACACGGUCAACACAGCCUCAAGAAUGGAGUCUAAUGGGGAAGCCCUGAAGAUCCACUUGUCUUCUGAGACCAAGACCGUCCUGGAGGAGUUUGGUGGUUUUGAGCUGGAGCUUCGAGGGGAUGUAGAAAUGAAGGGCAAAGGCAAGGUUCGAACCUACUGGCUCCUGGGGGAGCGAGGGAGUAGCACCCGAGGCUGACCUGCCUCCUGUCCUGUCCCUCCACACCUCCCUACCCUGUGCCAGAAGCGACAGAGGUGCCAGGCCUCAGCCUCGCCCACAGCAGCCCCACUAUCACCAAAGGAUGGAAGAAGUUUGAAUAGCUCAGGUGUGCUGACCCCAGUGGAGACACCAGAUAGGAGGACCUGAGAGGGGACUGGCAUGCUAGGGGGAACUCAGAGCUUACAGGCUGGGCCUAGCCCACAGCCACGCACAGGGGCGCACACACAGACACAUGCACUUGCUCUCCACCUGGACGCAGGCCAGGCUGGGCUGUGGAUCCUUAUCCCUUCACCUCCCCGUGCUCUCCUCCCUCAACCUUGUGACCCUGUGACUUAUUGGGAAGAGAAAGUCACCUGAAGGGGAACGUGAAAAGAGACUAGAUGAAGUGAGGGCAGGGGAGCCCACAUUUGGGCCUGGCCAUAAUACCCACCCCCCCAAUCCCUCCACCCAGCAGUGGACACAGUGAACAGGGAGAAGAGCGGUGGCGCACAAGGGGUGGGGGCCUGUAUGCCUUGCUUCUACUGUGAGCAGAGACGAUUAAAAUCUUUAUUCCAGUGA